UGGGGCUCGCCAGUGACGAGGCUGCCGCGAGAAGGGCUCGCCUGAGAUAUGAUGAGGCUCCCGGCUGGUGCGCUGCACUACUAUGAUUCGCUAUGUGCUCACUUUGAUAGCAAGUGUGAUCAGCAUCCGGGGACUCGCUGUUCAAGGUGCGGUGGGCUCGCGCGAGGAGCCGCAGUUUGUUACGGCCCGUGCCGGAGAAAGCGUGAUAUUAGGAUGCGAUGUUAUACAUCCGCUGACGGCGCAGCCCCCUCCGUACGUGGUCGAGUGGUUUAAGUUUGGAGUUCCCAUCCCCAUCUUCAUCAAGUUUGGGUUCUACCCGCCUCACGUGGACCCGGAAUAUGCAGGCCGCGCAGCCCUCCACGACAAGGCGUCCCUCCGCAUCGAGCAGACGCGCUCGCAGGAUCAGGGCUGGUACGAAUGCAAAGUUCUGAUGCUGGAGCAGCAAUAUGACACCUUUCACAACGGCAGCUGGGUGCACCUCACGGUAAACGCACCCCCUACUUUCACCGAAACCCCACCACAAUACCUGGAGGUAAAAGAAGGGACCAGUGUUACUCUGACUUGUACGGCUUUCGGGAACCCCAAACCUACCGUUUCGUGGCUACGGGAGGGAGAAUUUUUGGGAGGAACUUCAAAAUACCAGGUGAAUGAUGGGAGUUUGACCAUCUCCUCCAUCGGACGCGAAGACAGAGGGUCUUACACCUGCCGGGCCACCAGUAUUCAGGGCGAGGCGGUUCACAGCACCCGGCUGCUGGUCCAAGGGUCACCGUUCAUUGUUUCCCCUCCCGAGAACAUCACCGUUAACAUUUCCCAAGAUGCUCUGUUCACAUGCCAGGCCGAGGCUUAUCCAGGGAACCUCACAUACACCUGGUACUGGCAAGAGGAGAACGUCUUCUUCAAAAACGACCUGAAGCUGAGGGUUCGAAUUCUGAUCGAUGGGACGCUCAUCAUAUUCCGAGUUAAACCCGAGGAUGCUGGGAAAUACACCUGUGUGCCGAGCAACAGCCUGGGUCACUCGCCAUCCGCAUCAGCAUUUCUAACUGUGCAAUACCCAGCACGCGUCGUCAACAUGCCCCCCGUCAUCUACGUCCCGGUCGGUAUUCACGGUCACAUUCGCUGCCCUGGGGAUGCCGUGCCGCCUGUGACCUUUGUGAAGUGGAAUAAAGAUGGUCGGCCCCUGAGGAUUGACAAAUUCUCAGGAUGGAAACUCCUAGAAGACGGAUCUCUUCACAUUGAGGAGGCCACGGACGAAUUACUGGGCACGUACACCUGUGUGCCUUAUAACGCGUUGGGGACCAUGGGCCAGUCCCCUCCUGCUCGGCUGCUGCUGAAGGACCCGCCCUACUUCACGGUGCUGCCCGGUUGGGAGUAUAGACAAGAAGCCGGGAGGGAGCUGCUGAUUCCAUGUGUGGCUGCCGGAGAUCCCUUCCCCGCCAUCUCAUGGAGAAAGGUCGGGAAGCCUUCCUUCAGUAAGCACAGUGUGCUGCCCAGCGGCUCCCUGCAAUUUCGCUCACUCAGCAAAGAAGAUCACGGGGAAUGGGAAUGUGUCGCUAGCAACGUGGUAACGAGCAUCACUGCCAGUGCGCAUCUCACCGUUAUCGGCACCAGCCCCCAUGCCCCAUCUAACGUCCGUAUCUCUGUGUCCAUGAACAACGCCAACGUGUCGUGGGAACCGGGGUACGAUGGAGGAUUCGAUCAGACAUUCUCUGUUUGGAUCAAGCGUGCUCAGUUUGGACCUCAUGACUGGGUCUCCAUGCCGGUUCCGAGCGGAGCUUCCUUCCUCCUUGUGGACUCGUUGGACCCCGAGACAGAAUACCAGUUCAGUGUUCUCGCUCAGAACAAGUUGGGGACCAGCUCUUUCAGUGAGGUGGUCACUGUAAAAACCCUAGCCUUCCUUCCGACGACCCCUGAGCCGCUUGUGGUUUUGACCUCACCCCGCUGCCUGAUCGCCAACCGAACUCAACAGGGCGUCCUUCUUUCCUGGCUUCCUCCAGCCAAUCACAGCCUGCCGUUAGAACGUUACAUCAUGGAGUUCCGCUUGGCUGAAAGAUGGGAAAUCCUGGAUGAUUCAAUCGCGGGCAGCGACACCGAGAUGCUGGCUAAGGAGCUGUCCCAGGACACUUGGUAUGAGUUCCGAGUUUUGGCCGUCAUGCAAGACCUGAUUAGCGAGCCGAGUAACAUCGCCGGAGUGUCUAGCACAGAUGUCUUCCCGUCUCCAGACCUGAGCGACGAGGGCUUCGCCCGGCCGGUGCUCGCUGGGAUCGUAGCCACUAUUUGCUUUCUUGCGGCCGCCGUCCUGUUCAGUACGUUAGCAGCGUGCGUGGUGAACAGGCAGCGCAAGCGCAAACUGAAACGGAAGAAAGAUCCACCUCUCUCCAUUACACAUUGCAGGAAAAGCAUGGAGUCUCCGUUGUCUUCUGGCAAGGUGAGUCCUGAGAGCGUGCGGACCCUCCGUGCACCAUCGGAGUCAUCGGAAGAUCAAGGGCCUCCUUCCAAGCGUCCUUUGAGUCCUGGGCGGGAAAAAGAGUUGUCGUUGUACAAGAAAACGAAGCGUGCGAUGACAAGCAAGAAAUACAGCGUCAGCCAGGCCGAGGCGGAGGUCACUACACCCAUUGAGCUGAUCAGCAGGGGCCCAGAUGGCCGUUUUGUAACCGGAGGUCCUGAGCAGGAACCCACGCUCAGGAGCCGCAGGAUUCAAGGGUUCCCCUUCGCCGAGGAGACAGAUAUGUACCCCGAGUUUCGGCAGUCCGAUGAGGAGAACGAUGAGCCAUCUGGUCUGAAGUCCCAGCUCACUCCUCUUUCAUCCAGUCAGGAUUCCCCGCUUCAGCCUCCGGCGUACAGUCCUCGUUUCCAGCAUCCGCCGGGUGAAGGAAGACAGCAGCCUUCUGGCCAAUCUAGACCUGGCGGCUACCACCAUGCCCAUUUGUACAGCUAUCUUAGCAGCAGUCCUCGGGACUCGGAUCCUCCUCCACCUUUCUACAUGCCUGAAGUUAGCCCGCUCAGCUCUGUGAUGUCCUCCCCACCAUUACUUCCAGAGGGAUCUUUCCCACCCAUCCCUGAGGAAAAUGGGGAGAACAGUUCCAGCAGUACCCUUCCCCUCACACAUACACCCACUGGGGGGCGCUCCCCGGAACAGUGGGGAGGGCCUGACUUCCCCUUUGGUGGUUUAGAAGCUCCCUCGUCUCCCUCCAUGUUUGUACAGCACCGGUAUGAGACCGCGGAGAUUAGGCGUCCGCUUCCUCCACCUCCUCCGGCGCCGUUUCCUCGUGGACGGCCUCCACCCAACUCCCUGCAGGUUCCGUCUUAUGCUGCCAUUAUACCCCUGGAGCCCCACUCAGGCUGGGCAGGGAGGCUCCCUAGUCGGGGUCCACCGCCUCCCCACCCGAGUUCUUGGCAGGAUGCAGCUAUGCAACUGGCUGCUCAGAGCCAGCUCCGGCACACCAGUCAAGGGAUGGGAAUUCCGGUGCUUCCCUACCCAGACCUCCCCGACCCAGGGCCUUUCGGUAUGGAUGCCCGUUGGUUUGAAAGCCGGACGCGUCCGCAGAUGAGCCCCCGGCAGCACCGCAGGUUGGAGCCCAGCUUGCAUCAGGUGGUGCUUCAGCCCUCUCGCCUGUCCCCACUCACCCAAAGCCCUCUAAGCUCAAGACAUGGUUCUCCUGAGCUGAGCGCCAGAGCCAGGCCACGCCCUGCUCUGCUGCCCCCGCCGACAGACUGUUCCGGCAUCGCCCUCCAGCCUCCGGGUUUUUCACACAAAUCACCUCCAUCUUCCGGAUCCCCAGGAAAAAGCAGCCACGGAGGAAGCCCCAGCUACCGAGCCACCCCGCCUGAUUCCUCCCCACACGCUGAGGGACGGAGACGGGGAGGAGAGGAACGAGUGCACGCGGAGACGGCGGUGCUGUGCACUGCAGGAAUUGGGAUCGCUGCUGUACCUGAGAGGCUGGAAAUUGUCAGAGAUCAGCGAGUUCACAAGCCCAAAAAAUCCACCAAGGGUCGCUCUAAGUCCAGGAAGCACUCUGAUGAAUCCACCUCGCAGGUCCACCAGCCACCCCCAGCCACGUAUACGGACACGCGCUGCAUCCGUAGGAAGAAACGGCCAACAAGACAAGACCCCCUAUCUCGCCUCUCGGCCCUGAGGGACGAACUCUGCCACCGCGCACCGUCUGACGAUCGGGCCGCCAUCCUGACCAGCACCGAGCCUGAUGACUUCAGCGGCCAUGCCACCCUUCUGUGACCAUCCGUGGAGAGAGGCCACCAACCCUAGGACCUUUCUAUCUCUUGGUGCUUAAACCCCCCCAUCCUUUGCCCUCCCCAUGAGAAAGACCUGUACACAAAAACACGUGAGCAGCGAAUAGUGUGUUCAUUGCCUACCUCACCGACCCUGUGUGUGUGCUAAGGAUGGACUCAUGCCUCACAACUCGGAGCGAUGUACAGUGUUACUGCGGGCUGGAGAUCUGCGUCGGAGAACGGUCCCAAACUAUGUAUAACAUGACAAGAGCACAGCGUAGGAGCUCUGAAGAUACCCCCGUGUCUCACCGCUCACCUCUAUGUACGCCGUCCGAAGCCUAAACUCCACCAGACGUAAGAGCGUGGCCCUUAUAGAAACAUUGUAUCUCUAUAGUGUGCACAGUGCGCAUGCAUCCAAUACCUGUAAGUUGUCACACGUUAGAAUCUGGAGGAUAUUGCAUCAUAUCUGGAAACAUUAUUUUAAUCUUUUCUGCUUAGAAUAAAUAGAAUGCGGAGGGGGAACUAACGCCAACAUUCUAAGUCAUUUCCAUUACCUGCCCGCGGGUUUAAAAGAUCCGUUGUGUCUCCUGACAGCUCAGUUGCCCCAAUAGUCUCCUAAUCUUCACGGGUUUUCCUGUUUCCAAGGAAUU